AUGCAAUAUCGACCCAACACAAUUGGAGAACCUCGCAAGGGAUCGAAUCGGCUGGAGGUCUCUCUGCGUCGCCGGAGUUGCGCACUUCGAGGAGGAGAGAGGAUGAGCACACGAGGGGAGACGACGCCAGCGUCAUCUUCAACCUGCUAUUCCGCACCGGCCACGUUUCCUGUGUCACCUGUGCCCCAGAACUUGUCGUUCGCGGCUCGGGCUGCUAACUCAUUUGGCAGCCCGCAAAAGACGAACGGAGAUGGUAGGACAACAUCGUUACGGUUUAACAAUUCUUCUUCUUUUUCAUUUUCUUUUUCUUCUACUUUUUCGUCUUCUUUUUCGUCUUCUUUUUCUUCUUUUUUUCUUCUUUUUCUUCUACAUUUUCUUCCUCUUUUUUCUUUUCCUCUUCUUUUUCUUCUUCUUUUUCUUCUAAUUUUUCUUCUUCUUUUUCGUCUUCUUCUUCCUCUUUUUUCUUCUUCCUCCUCUUCUUUUUCUUCUUCUUCUUCUACAUUUUCUUCUUCUUCUUCUACAUUUUCUUCUUCUUCUUUUUCUUCUUAUUUUUCGUCUUCUUCUUUUUUCUUCUUCUUCUUUUUCUUCUUCUUCUUUUCUUCUACAUUUUCUUCUUCUUCUUCUUCUUCUUCUUUUUCUUCUUUUUUCUACAUUUUCUUCUUCUUUUUCUUCUUUUUUUCUUCUUUCUUCUUCUUCUUCUUCUUUGUCUUCUUCUUCGUCUUCUUCUUUUUCUUCUGCAUUUUCUUCUUCUUCUAA